UCCUUUCUGCCAUUCGGUUCUUUUGAGCAGCUCUUUCAAAGAAACGGAUCACCUAGUCACUACCAACGUUAUCAUCUACAUACACGUAUUGUUUAUUAUGUCUUAUUUUCCUCUUCUAAGUUUAAUCAAUAAACACGUUAUUGAUAAUACUGUGUCCCAGUUUAGUUUGAUUCCGCUUAUAAAAUCAUUACAGUUUUCAUGAAAUUAAGUUUUCGAGAAGUUUUUCCACUUGCUUUUUACUAACGCGUGCAUUUUUCAAUCAUAUGGUGAACUCAUAUGGUACAUGUUUCACAACGUUUCAUUCGAAAGAUCCGACUCGAAAAGACGAUCCAUUCAAAAGAUCCGAUUCGCAAGAACGAGCGAUUCACGAAUCGGUCCACGAACGAUAAUGCUGUAGAUUUUGUUUGGUUUGUGUCGCUUUAGUGAUUUUAGCUUAGACAGUCGCAGUCGAAGGACAGUGUAUUUGUCUGUCUGUCUCGCGUGAAGUGAGUCAUGUGUUCGCUCAGGUUCAUGGUCAUGUAUGUGGAUGAGUCUGUGGAUGUGUUUUACUCAGACGGGCGCAGACUGCAGCUCUCGCCCUGCGGCUCUGAGUUCAUGAUAGAGAAACACAUGUCACCUUCUGCACACCCGCUGCAGCGCAGAGAGACAGUCAGACAGAGAUCAAGAUUCGCCAUCAGCGAGUAUAAGACACUGGUGGUGAACGCUUUGGCUUUCAGAAACAAGUAUGCAACUCAUCCAUAUUUGCCUGAGGAGCUCAUAGCUGUGGAAUUCAACAAGCCAUUCACCAGUGCCGUAACUGAGGUGGACUGGCCCGGGCCUGGCUCCUGCACCGCCGGGUCCCGUGGAGAGAUCACGGUCUGCUCUGUAGAAGGACACGCCAAACUCGUCCUUUUGUCUUCUGCAGAAGAGUUCACAGUGGACUUUAUCUGUCGGUCCAGCCAGAGUGAUGCAGAGUCGCGGUACCUGCAAGGUCACCACCACAAAAGCACAUGUUCAUUAAGUAGCUUGUCGGUGAAGGGUUUAAAUGUCUCUGAAGCCUCAGAGGGCGCUCGGAUGGACCUUUCCGGGUCAAAAGCUCGUAAUACAGAAAGGCUGGAUUCAGCAAGUUUGAAGGCUGGGAAGGUGAACACGUACACCAGAGUGAUCCAGCAGUUUUCCAGAGCGCUUUACCCGCAGGUGUGGAGCUAUCCUCUGUCAUUAGCAUACCAGCAUUGGGAGUCCCAAAAAACUAAAAUAAAUACGGACAAUGGGCAAAAAGGAAAAGAAAAAGGGUUGAAAACUCAGCUUCCCAAAGCUUUGCCUCUAAAGUGUCCCUCUCCUCAUCAGCACAGGUGGCGUUAUGACACUGUGAAUCCUGAUUUGCUGGAACAGGAAGAGGAAGUCACAGCUGAGUUGGUGAAAGUGGUCUGGUGCAAAGGCAUCAUAUACCGUAUAAUAGAUGGAGUGGUACCGAUGAUAGAGAUCUCACCUGGUGAUGGUUCAGUCAUCAGAUCUAAUGGAGUUCUAGCCGAUUACUUCACACAUUACAAAGCCGGAGAUGCGAUGGAGUGUGUGUAUUACCUGUGCGCUCUCCCACCUGAUGUACCGGGUCAACUUUAUUCUGUUCGGUCUGUCAUCACAAGGGCCAGCAGGAUUCUGAAAUGCUUCACCCAGGCCAGAAGCUCCCUGAGGUCCCCUCUUUCUCUUUACUGCUGGAACGAGCAGGCUGCGGUGUGUGAUUGUGUGUGUGCGGUUCAGGAGGUGACGGUGGCAGGUAAAGGACAUUUUAAAGCUCUCUCAGACGGGACUGUCGAGGUCUUGUUUCUGGAUGGAGUUAGAGCGCAGAUGAAGUGGAAGUCCGAGAUGUACACACCUGCACAGUUUGGAGAAAUGGAGCAGAGACUCAAGACGGAAACCAGACCGACUCACAGGUGGUGCCAGCUCAGUCUGCCAGAUGGACACCAGACUCUUGUCCAAGUUGAGACAGACCAAACUUACCAAAGGUACGUGUCUUCAGUAGUGCAGUGGUGUGACUGGGUAAAACAGACGGAGCAGAGCGUGAGUGCAGUGGGUGUGGCUCUCUCAGACCCCGCCCAUUCUGACACACCUCAGCCAAUAACAUACAGAUCUGUUGUUUCUGAACUGGAAAAGAUCAAGAGGUUUAACUUUUUACUGGAGAACAAUCCCCUCUUGCGUCCUGCAGGAAGAUCUUUGAGCGGUGAGCGUUCUUCUGACCGACCUGAGAUCAAACUCUCAGAGAACUGCAUCUCUGAGGCUCUGCAGAAAACCUCCAAGGCCAUCCAAGACAUUGAGACGCUCUUAUCAGACAGACCGUAGGAUUGUAUGCAGACACAUUAUUCAGGCAAAUGAAAAACAUGGCUGCAAGGGAAAACUCACUAAACCUGGCAAGAACAUGCCUGGGUCAUAUUUCAUACCAAACCUGCAAUAAACCAGCUUAUUUACUGCAAUACCCAUUUUUAUUUUUAAUUUGUGUGUG